ACGGGCGACCUUGGCUCGGGCCCCGGCCACGGUCAGCGGUCGCUGCUUAGCCAAGCGCUUGCCUGGCUCGACCUGUGCGGCGUAUAAAAGCUGCCCCUGGUCCGCCGCAGGGCAGUCACGCUCAGGGCUUCGGUAACACCGGGUCCUUGUCGAAGAGACUCCACAACAAGCUCGCCCAUCACCAUGAGGGUGCUCGUAGCCCUCGCGUUUGUCGCAGCCGUGGCGGCCGCCGUCGAGGUGCCCCAAGUGCUUCCAGAACUCCUCUUCGAGCCGAACCAGGAAUACCUGUACAAGUACCGGACCGCGGUGUCCCUGAGCCUCCCGCUCAAGGCCACGCACGCUACUGGAGAGGAAACCUACGGUCUGCUGAGCGUCGUCGUCAAGGAAGCGUCCGGCACCGGCCGCAGUCUCGUCCUCCAGCUCCUCAACGUCACCUCGACGCUGUACGACAAGGAGGUCGAGGACCAGACUGAGCCAGUGCCCGGCGUCUACCACCAGCCCCUGCCCGUGUUCGAGUCCUACCAGACCGGACCCGUGGUGCUGAAGCUUGUCGACCACAGUGUGGAAAGCCUGGAGGUGCCCGUGGGCGUGCCUGAAGAGGUGGUGAACCUGUACCGUGGUCUGGCCUCCGUGCUGACCCUGAGCAACCCCAGCUACAAGAAGGUGCCCUUCACCAAGGAGGUGCCCCUGACCCUCAAAGACGACGUCGUGGUCUACAAGGUCUACGAGGACGAUCUGGUCGGUACUUGCGAGACCGUGUACAACGUGCUGUCCAGCCCGCACGACGAGUACGUCCUGAACUUCACCAAGACCAAGAACUACCACAAGUGCGUGGGCAAGACCACCGUCUUCCAGCACGUCGACUACGAGCACAGCGGAUGCCCCCACGCUUGCCUGAAGCACCAGCCCAAGGCCCUCAGCGAAACUCUGGAGCCUGAGCUUUCGGACUACGUCGACCCUUACGGAGGCGGCUGCCCCACCGAGACCCAUCUGAAGAACGACCUUGCCGAAUCCUUCCUGACCGUUCAUUACAACGUCAGCCUUCACCAGGAGGUCGGCGUUCUUGAAGAAGUUAAGGCUAUUGACAAGAAGGUCCUCACCUCCGGAAAGCAACAGCUGGUUUCUACGUCCGUGCUGCACCUUGAGCUGCUCCUCAAGACCACUCCGUUCACCGCCGUGGGUCCUCUGGAGGAUGUCAAGACCUACACCAACCUGUCGUACGUCUACCCCAAGCAGCACUACUCCUGGCAUGGACAGCUCUUCGAGCUCGAGCACCUGAGUCUGUACGGGCCCGUGGAUACUGUGGAGGCCAGGACAGCCGUCCGUGGUCUUCUCGACCAGCUCGCUGGUCUUCUGGUUCUCGACGACCUUGAGGUCAAGGAUGACUACGCCGACCUCGUGUCGCAGCUGCUGACCGCAGUCAAUGUCCUCAAGGAGUACGACUUCGAGCUCCUGCUGCAGACGGUCGUUCCUCUGGAGAAUGUCAAGGUUGUCAGCGAGAAGGAGUACAUCGAGAGGAAGCUGCUGCUUGACGUGCUCAGCCUUGCUGGUACCGACGCCGCCGCCAAGACGGUCCUCAGGCUCCUUCUUGAGCAAAAGCUGACCCUCGUGGAAGCCGUCCACGUCCUCACUUCCCUCCAGACUUCCCUCGUGAAGCCCAGCACCGAAGUCCUCGACUUGCUCCUGGACUUGGCCACAGGCGGAGUCCUCGAGAAGGACCGUCUCCUCUACUCGACGGCGUACCUCACACUGGCCAAGGUCGUGAGCAAGCACUGCCACCUGUACGACACCACGAGCCACGUCCCCUACGGCAAGAUGCUGAAGAUGAAUGAGGUUGACGCGAUCAAGAAGAGACCGCCCCACCUGCCCACGUACCGGGCGAUGAAGACGUACCGCCCCCGCAUCUCCGGCCGCCAGUACCAGGAGACUGAGACCGAGGAGCCCCAGUACACCGGCGUCCCCGUGACGUGCACCAGCCAGGACUACCUCAAGUAUGUCCAGGCUCUUGUCCAGAAGCUGAACGAGGCCAAGGAGUUCCACCAGGUCACCGUCCUGGUUCACGCCCUGACCCAGCUGCAGCACCCUGAGGCUCUCAAGGCCCUCGUCCCCGUUGUCCUCGGCAAGCACCACCUCUGCCAGGCCACCCUUCCGGAGGAGGAACAGUCUGAGUCCUGCCAGUACCUUCGUCUUGUCACACUGUACGCCCUGCGUCACAGUGUCAAGCACCAUGCUGCCGAACUCCAGCCCCUUGCCCAGACCGUCUACUUCAACACCGACGAGGACUAUGAACUUCGUAACGCGGCCCUGGUUCUCCUGAUGGCCUCUCACCCACCCGAGCCGGUGCUGGCUCGCGUCGUCCUCACCCUUCAAAAGGAGUUGAACCUGCAGGUGGCCUCGUUCACCUACUCUACGCUGUUCGCCUACGCCAACGCCACCGUUCCGUGCUCGGUUCCAACCGCUGUUCGCGUGAAGAAGCUGCUGCCCGCUCUCUGGCACAAGAAGUUCGGCGUCCACUACUCCAAGUUCAACUUCCUGUCUACCUACUCCCAGACCGACGACUUUGGAGUCCAUGCCUACCACUCCUACGUUCAGAGCAACAAGACCGUCAUCCCCCGUGCUCUCCUCUUCGGAGUCGAGUUCACCAAGGGCCCCUACGUCUCUCACCUCUUCGAUGUGACCGCCGUGAGCAAGGGUCUCGAGACCCUCGGCAAGUACCUGCUCCGUCACGAAGGCCCAGUCACCGUCUUCGCCGAAGCCUUCCAGAGGGUCCGUCGCCAGAUCUUCGACAAGUACGAGACGUACGAGCCACUCAGCCAACUCCUCGACGUCCUCGAGAAGCAGUUCAACUUCGACACGACGACCGUUGUGGAUGAGCCCAAGCUCAGUCUUUCCACGUCUUUCCUGGGAACCGAGUUGUACCUGCCAGUUGACAAGUACUUCCUCGGAGAGCUUCUUUCCAAGGGCGCUCAGUACGUUAGCGAAAACUGGGUUCACCCCGUGAACAUGCGCUACCUCCAACUUCGCCUGCCUUACACCUACCGCAAGCUGGUGCCGUCCGUGGUCGGUCUCCCCGUGGCCCUGACCACUCGCUACCCGACCAUCCUGUCUGUGGCCGUCAAGGACUUCAAGCUCCGCUACCAGCCACACCACAAGACAUGGCUUCCCAGUGUGCUCGCCCUCUCCACUUUUGUCCAGCCCAGCGUGUACACUUCGGCUGUCUCUUCCGUGGUCACGGUGACUCCCUUCACCAAGGUCGUCGCCGGUGUGCGCACCCUGGCAAAGACCAGGCUCACCCUGCCUUACGACUUCGCCUUCCAGUACUCGUCAGUGAACCACACCGUCGCCCUCACCGUGCGCCCCCGCUACACCAAGUUCUUCACCCACCAUACCAAGUCGGUGACGUAUACCACGCCUGCCGUGCUCUACACGCCGCCCCAGCGCGCUGUCAUGGCCACCAUGAGCGUCCUGUACAGUCAGGCCAAGCCUUUUGAGUUCAAGAAGACCUUCGGACACGAAGCCCUUGGUCUUGGACUCCACGUCCAGGGACUGUCCAGCCACCCCGACCUCCACGUGCCGUUCUCCUUCCAGCGCUACACCAAGGAGAAGGGACUCCUCGGUGCCUUCGUCGACGUCCUCACCAACCCGUGGCACGUGGCUAGGAAGUGGGAAGCUCGUGUUGUCCGCAGCACCGUUCAUCCCGUGGAUGAGUACAAACUGACCUUCCGCUGGAAGACCACACUGAACCAGACCGACCGCACCGACUUUGUCGAGGAAGUGCUGCCGGCCCCGUACCAGUCCACCAAGUACCCUACCACAAGGUACGGCUACCCCGAGGACCUCGAGACGCCCAUCUACGAGGAGCACUACAAGCGUGCCGUGGGAGAGCUCCCACCGUACUUCGACUUCUACCAAGUUCUCCAGGAGGUCGUGGCCGCCACCGAGGUGACCAGCACGCCCCUGGCCCACUACGUGACGCCCUUCUUGAACGACGUGCAAAACACCACCUACGGUUACUUCGUCGAGUUUGUGCUCGGUGCCCUCGGACCCCUUGAGACCAAGGUGCUGACUGGACACGCUCUGCUCGGACAUACCUUCGACAAGGCCCUCAAGCUUUCCCAGCUCUACGUCAACAAGGUCAACAGCCCAUACGAGGUGAAGGUGCACUCUGCCCUCCUCAAGACCGCCGUCCCAAGCCCCUUCAAGUCCUACGCCGUCGACAAGAAGGAACAGUCCCUCUACUUCACUUCCGUUCUCGACGUCCUGACCGAAGAGAGCGACACUCAGAAGUAUACUCUUCAGGUCGAGGUUGUGCCCACCGAGGAACAACUUUACGGCGUCAAGACCCACCCGUCCCAUUACGCCCACCCGAGUCACUUCUCGCACCCUAAGAACAUCAAGAAGCAGAUGCGCAAAUCCCUCAAGUUCCCCACGCUGGAACAUACCGAGGACUACCUUGUCCCCUGGUACUACAAGCAGUGCGAAAAGGACGUCCAGGAAGGCAAGGAGCUGGUCAGCGCCGCCUGCAAGAAGGUCUACCUGCACGAGCACGUCCUCAACAAGGUCCUCUUCAAGGUCACCGUACCCGAAGUUGUUCCCGGACUUCUCAAGAACGUGACUCACAGCCUUCUCCAGUACGCCAAGGUCUUGUUCUACAACAAGCUCGUCACCGACUACGACGUCGAGACGAGGUCGACCUUCACGCAUCUCGAAGGCGAACUUGUGUUCGAGGACCACCCGACAGGAAAGACCACCGCCAACCUGACGCUCUACACGCCGCUCGAAGAGAAGCUUCAGUUCGUGCGCCUCAACUGGUUUAAGUACCUGAAGCCCACGGUCGCCAUCGGCUUCCUGGACACAGUCGCCGGAGUCCUGAGGAGGAGCUACCCUACCCCCACCUGUCUGGUGUCGCCUACCUACCUCAAGACCUUCGACAACGUCACCGUGCUCCUGAAGCCUUAUUUGAGGGACGACACAUACGUUGUUGCCCGUCACGUCCUCGACGAGCCAGACUUCUACGUUCUGACCGAGUUCCAGGGCGAAACUCAGCUGGUGAAGCUGAUCCUGCGGAACCAGACCCUUCUGGAGCUGACUCCUCCUAGAGACGGCAAGACCUUCGAGGUCCUGGUGAACGGCACCAGCCUCUACGUGGAGCCGCUCAAGUCGCACGUACUCCAGUACACGCAGAACUACACGUCUCAGGUCUUCCUGUACGUCACCGAGCACCAAGAGGUCGGCCCGACCCUCUGGGUUACGGUCCGCGAUCUUGGCCUCAAGUUCGCCUACGAUGGAAGCAAACUGAUAUUCAAGGUCCUCAGCCCCAAGUACAAGGGACGCGUCCUGGGUCUUUGCGGAGACUUGGACGGAGAGUACGUGGACGAACUCGUAACCCCCGAGCUCUGCGUCCUCACUGAGGAGGAAGACUUUGUGCAGACCUACAGCCUCAAGGGCCUCGAGUCCACGGUCGGUCUCUACAAGUGCCCCCUCGGUGUCACCCUCCGCGGUGUUGGCUAUCCUUCCUACCCCCGCAUCCAGAAGACCUUCGCCAGGAUCAACCCGAUCGAAGUUGAGAAGGAAAUCGAGAUCCCCAAGCUGAUCGGCACCCCCGAGUGCGUCACCGAGCGUCGUAAGACCAUCUACAAGGACGGAAAGGUGUGCAUCAGCACCAAGAAGGUGACGGCCUGCCAGCGCCGCUGCAAGCCCGUGGCAACCGAGAAGGUGACCCUCGAGUUCGUCUGCCUGAACGAGAAGCACCCGGUGGCCAAGAGGCUGCUUAAGGACAUCCAGGGCAAGCGCAACGUUCGUCUGCCCACGGACAUCCCUACAUUCAACGAGGACGUCGAAAUCCCCACUGACUGCGUGCCAGAGGUGUAAAUCUAAAACUUCUCCGGUGCUACGGUCGACGCCCCUCGGCCAGCGCCUCUUUAGAAAUCUUUUUUUUUUUUUGUCAUAUUUUUGGACUAAAUAAAAUGAUGCGACAUAUA